AUGAUGAAUAUGACUGAUCAAUCAGUUCGCAAAUUAACUCAUCGUUUACCAACAACUGUCAUUCCAUCACACUAUCAAUUGUAUAUUGAUGCUAGUCAACUUGAACAGUAUCUUUUUCAAGGCAAGGUCGAUAUCGAUAUUCAAACAACCGAAAUUUCAUAUGAAAUUAGACUAAAUAGUUUCGAUUUAAACCUAACAAAAGUUGAAUAUCAACAGAAAACUCCAAUCUCUCAGCUUUUCAAUGGUUCCGUUGAAUUCAAUAAAGAAUAUGAACAAGUAUCAAUUAGAUUUGCUGAACAAAUCAAACCAGGAACUGGUUGCUUACAUAUUGAAUUUAAUGGCACCAUCAAUGGUCAAUUGAAUGGAUUCUAUCGAACAAAAGAUAAUAAUCAAAUAGGUGCAUGUACACAAUUUGAACCUGCCUACGCACGCCAAGCUUUUCCUUGUUUUGAUGAACCGGCAUUGAAAGCAAAAUUUACUAUUAGUAUUCGAGCGUCAAAACAUUUAACAACACUAAGCAAUAUGCCGAUUAAAUCUCAUCGAAACGAUGGAGCUCACACAUGUAUUUAUGAUUUCGAUACAACACCGAUAAUGUCAACCUAUUUAGUUGCUUACGUUAUUGGAGCGUACGAUUAUAUUGAAGCGCACGAUUCAAAUAAUGUACAAAUUCGUGUCUAUACACCAGUUGGCAAAAAAGAAAGAGGGCUAUUUGCUUUACAUACAACUGCAAAAGUUCUUCCAUUUUUUGCGGAAUAUUUCGGUGUUAAAUAUCCAUUGAGUAAACUUGACAUGAUUGCAGUAGCUGACUUCGGCUAUGGUGCUAUGGAAAAUUGGGGUCUAAUUACAUAUCAUGAAACAUAUUUACUUGUUGAUCCUCAUACUACAACACAGGAAACGAAACAAGAACUUGCAUUGACUGUUGCUCAUGAAUUGGCACAUCAGUGGUUUGGAAAUUUAGUAACUAUGGAAUGGUGGAAUGACUUAUGGCUUAAUGAAGAUAAGUUCGCUAGUUGGAUUCAAUUUCUUGCUGUUGAUCAUGUUUAUCCUGAAUAUGACAUUUGGACACAAUUUGUUUCGGAUACACUAGAAACAUGCAUGAUUCCCGAUGCACUUCAUAAUAGUCAUCCAAUUGAAAUGCCUAUUGAAAAGCCGACUGAUAUCGAUGAAAUAUUUGAUAGUAUUACUUAUGAAAAAGGUUCGAGUGUUAUUCGUUUUCUUCAUGCUUAUAUUGGUGAUGAAGCAUUUCGUACUGGUUUAGCAAAUUAUCUUGCUGAAUAUGCAUAUAAAAAUGCCAUAACAGAAAAUCUUUGGUCACAUUUAUCUCGAACAUCGAAAAGACCGGAAUUGUCUGAAAUACUUUCGACAUGGACAAAACAAAUAGGCUAUCCUGUUCUUACUGUAACACAAGAACAAAAAGGAAAUCAUCGACUAAUAACAAUUGAGCAAACACGUUUUCUAGCUGAUGGAACAACAGAUGACAAUUUAAAAUGGAAAAUUCCAAUAAAUAUUUGUACAAAAUCAAAUCCAACUGAGCACGUGCAUCAGUUAUAUAUGAAUGGAGAAAAAAAGCAAGAAUUUCUUCUUGAAAAGCUAUCAGAAAGCGAUUGGAUUAAAUUGAAUUUAUUCAGUGUUGGUAUUUAUCGUGUGAAUUAUUCUCAAUGCAUGCUUGACGCUUUAGUACCCUGCAUACAAGAUCAUACAUUUUCGCCUCAAGAUCGCUUUGGCAUUCAAGCUGAUGUCUAUGAAUUAGCACGUUCGGGUCAUGUUGGUUAUGUUGAUUAUUUAAAAUUACUUCGGCAUGCAUAUAAACAUGAAGAUAAUUUAACUGUUUGGAAAUCAAUACUACAAAAAUUAGAUGAUCUUAAUUCAAUUCUUGCUUAUGCUCAUCUUGAUAAUAUUAAAAAGCUUUUUCGAACAUUCAUAUGUGAGAUUCUAUCGAAUAUCUAUGGCAAAUUAGAAUGGGAUCCAUUUCCAAAUGAAGGUUCACAAGCUGCUAUGCUCCGUGAACUCGUAUUAGUUCAAAUGGGUCUUAAUGGACACAGCAAAACACGUGAAGAAGCACAUAAACGUUUUCAAACAUUAUUGAGCAGUAAUGAUCAAGAUCAUCAAUCGAUUAAUCCAAAUAUUCGAACUGCUAUUUAUUUAACUGUUGCUCAAACAGGAAAUCAAGAAACAUUUGAACAAUUUAAAGCGCUUUAUCGUAAAUCUGAUGCACAGGAAGAAAAGAUUCGUUUAUUAAUGGCACUUUGUAGUUUCGAUGAUGAAACUAUUCAAUAUCAAGCACUUGAAUAUAUUUGGAAUGAGAAUGAAGUUCGAAAACAAGAUCAUAAAACAGCUUUUGUUGCAUUAGCGACGCAUAAUUGUAAAGGUUGCGAAAUAGCAUGGAAAUAUUUGCAAGAUAAUUGGAAUAAAAUUGAAGAAACUUAUGGUGAACAUGAUGCACAUUUAAUUAAGUUUAUUGAAGAUGUACCAAAUCAUUUUGUUACUAAAGAUCGUGAAGAAGAAGUUCAAAAAUUUUAUGUCGAUCAUCCUAAUCCAUUAUUAGAUAGGUCAAUUAAAAAGGUGCUUGAAUUAAUCAAUAUUCGACGAACUAUUCUUGAACGUGAUGAACAUAAUAUUCAUCAAUUUCUUAGUACUUAA